CCUUAGCGACCUGCAGUAUCUUACACCUGUUCAACCAGAUAUACUUACCCUCAAAACAUUCCAGUACAGAAUUACUCCCUUGUUUCCCUGCCACAAGACGUCAAUAACAACAAACAACAUGCACACCUACCUCCAGUCCGGUCAAAGGUCAGACAUAAGAUAUUUAGAAGGCUACAAAAUGUUACUCUAAAACAGUUCGAUAUCAAUGUAAUCAGGAUACUACACCAUCAGAAUAAAAUUACAUUAAAUUGUUUUACAUUCAAAGUGGCAAGAUAGCUUAUCAAGUGGGUUAUGUGUGUGGUUAAUGGGCUUUAUCUAUUUUCUAGAUUUUAUUUUUGUUUUGUGUAUGAUCGCCCUCUCACUUCCGCCUUCCUGAGUUGACCCCUGACCCCGUGGAAUCGAACUCCCCGAUCAGCGGCAGAUCUGGCUUGUGCGGACAACAAUAACGUCUUGUUGCUUCCUUCCCCUCGCCUCUCCGGCCUGGCUGCUGGCUCCGAAUGAUCGUGUAAAUAGGAACAGAUUAUAAACAACAACAACAACACAACAGCAAACAUGGCGGAAGGUGGCGACAGCAGACCGCCAUCCGCAGACCCCCUGGAUGUGGAGGGGGGUACUGCAAACCUGGAGAGUACCAAGGGUAGCGGGCGCCCCCUCCUAAGGAGUAUCAGCGCUUUCACGCAGAGGCAGUUUUCACGGCCAGUGACACAGAGACAGUAUUCUACAGCUUCAACUACUGUUAGCAGACCCCCCACGGCUCCCACGUCCCGUUCCUUCCAGUUCCGCUUCCCUAAGACUCCGCGUAGCAGGAAGCACUCCACUUACUCUUCAGUGUCAAAUACAAGCAGAUACAACACACGCAUGUCCUUCCAGUUUGGCUAUCCUAAGACCCCGCGUAGUCGGAAGUAUUCCACCUACUCCACAGUGUCAAAUGCAAGCAGAAAAUUUGCAGAGGGAACCAAAAGCUUCUUUGGCAUCGGGGAGGACUGCACCCACACACAGAAGCGAUGGUCGCAGCGGAGGGUACGCCACGCCAGCCGGCGCUAUGGAAAGAUCAAGGAGGAGAGCAUCCAGAGGAUCCUGGAGCCCGACCCUGCCGCCAUCCCGCUCCCGCAGAUUGUCGACCCUCUCGCUCUGCCACAUCGUCAAAGAAUGGUCCCGGCACCAUACGACGACAUUGACGGGGCGACAGACUACACGACACCGACGACGCCGGGAGCGUGGUCUAGUGCGAGCAGCCUGUGGCGCCGUGCCGCGUUCGGCGCGCUGACACAACAGAGGCAGAAGGUGCAGAGGCAACAGUCAGUUGUGAGCAUGGGGUGGGACCUGCUCGUGAAGAUGACUUUGCAACAAAAGCGAGAACAGGAUGUGGCCAAACCGGCGCCGCUCGUGAACAGUCGCAGCUUCGCACCGGUCAGCAUGGAGGAGGAUGACGACAUUGACGACCUUGAUUUCUCCUUCUUUGGACGAGAUGCUCACCAGGCUGCUACCUCAUUCUCAGUCUUCCUCUACCUCCAACACAUAGGAGCUCUCAUGUUCUUCCUUCUUCUCAAGCUCUCUCCUUCCCAUAAGGAAGACAUGUACGACGAUGAGGUGUUCUUCGACGCGAGUCCGACGCCCCAGGGUACGCUGCAGUACGACGCUGUGCAGCCGGGACGUGCGGGCAUGGCCGCCAACGUGUUCGACAUGGUGGACGGAGGGGCGGCACCGGCGGAGUACGAAAUUCGGGCUGGCGAUGCGCUAGAUCGUGAGGAGAGGGAAGCAAAUGCACGCAUGCUCCCAACUGAUCGAGGGUGGAGAACAGGCAGCAAAAAGAGGAUAGCGCCUCCGCUGCGUGGACAAGACGUCAUGGCCGCCCGCGCCCCGCGGAGAAGGAACAGGAUCGGAGACCGCGUGCUCCAAAUGGCGCUGGACAACUCCGACAGGAGAGAGUACGGGAGGGGCCUGGUCGGGAAAUGGCUGAAGAGGAGUUACAGGAGCAGUAUGGCCAUGAGCAGUGAUAUCAAGCACCAGCUAGACACAAUCACAGACUACAGGCCCUACUUCACAUACUGGGUCACAUUCGUACAUAUACUGAUCACGAUCAUCGCGCUGGCGGUGUACGGUAUCGCGCCUAUCGGCUUUGCGGAGACUGAGACGACAGCGCUGGUGCGUACGCCCAAGCUUUCGCUGGAGAACAUCCCCAAGAUUGAGAAGGACAACUUCUGGAUAGGGCCUAAAGACGAAGACCUUAUACACCUUGGUGCUAAGUACUCGCCAUGUAUGAGGAAAGACCCAAAGAUCAUACAGCGAAUAGAGGACCAGAGAAGAAAGGAAAAUCAAACCGGCUGCUGCAUCAAGACAGACCAAUCGGGCUGCUACCAGUCUGUAGAGGAUGACUGCUCGAAAACCUUUGCAGAGUUCUGGAGGUGGUCUGAAGACAACCCAGGUCCACAUGGUAGAAUAUCUGGUGCUGUUUGUGGACAGGACCCUGAGGCUUGCAAGAACCCAGUCUCAGUUGCACCACAUGAAUGGCCAGAUGACAUGACCAAAUGGCCGGUGUGUAAGGAGCCUGUAGCAGGUAGUUCCGGAGGCAGCCAGGACCACAUGGCCUGCGAGGUGACGGCCCACCCCUGUUGUAUCGGCAUCACAGGCACCUGUGAGAUCACCACCAGGGAAUACUGCGAGUUCAAACAUGGCUUCUUCCACCAGGAGGCCUCACUAUGCUCACAGGUGUCAUGUAUGGACAGGAUCUGUGGCCUCCUCCCGUUUAUGGACCCGGAGGUUCCUGACCAGUUCUACAGGCUGUGGACGUCACUCUUCCUACAUGCUGGGUUGGUCCACUUGCUCCUGUCGGUGAUCUUCCAGAUGACGAUCCUGCGUGACCUGGAGAAGCUGGCGGGGUGGGGCCGCAUCGCCAUCAUCUACAUCCUGAGCGGCAUCGGAGGGAACCUGGCCAGCGCCGUGUUCUUGCCAUACCAGGCAGAGGUUGGACCUGCAGGUGCCCACUUCGGCGUUAUCGCGUGCCUGUUUGUUGAGGUGUUCCAGAGCUGGCAGAUGCUGCAGGCACCCUGGAGGGCCAUCCUGAAGCUGUCCAUCAUCGUCCUGGUCCUCUUUCUCCUGGGCCUCCUGCCGUGGAUCGACAACUUCGCGCACAUCACUGGUUUCAUCUGCGGCAUCCUUCUCUCCUUCUCGUUUCUACCUUACAUCACGUUUGGGGCGUUCGACAAGAACAGGAAGCGAAUACAGAUCAUCGUGUCCUUCCUCCUGUUUGUGGCCUUCUUCUCGGGACUGGUCGUUCUUUUCUACGUCAGGCCACUGACAGACUGUCAGGGGUGCGAGUACGUCAACUGUAUCCCGUUCGACAAAACCUUCUGUAAAUACCAAGGUCUUGACCUCACCCCUAGAGACGAGACGACGUGAAGUCGUUCUAAAACCUUAUACUUAUAGAUAUCACAUUGAUAGGAAAACUGAUGAAACAGUAACUGUAGAUAAGUAUUGUAAAACUAUACAGAUGGGUACUAGCUUUGAUCAUAAAAACUUAACGACCAGCAUUUGUUUCUGACAAUGUAUGUCUUAGCCAAACAAAGGACAACUUGUUCAUUCAUCUUUCUUUCUAAGGGAGUGAAUCGCUGAUGUUUACAAAAUGCUGCCAACAUUUCUCGUAACAUUAACCAAAAGAAGUGUGAAGAAUUAUGCCGGCAAUACCGUUUUGAUGCUUUUUUUUUCUGAAGGCUUGAAAGUUCAUGUACUUUUAGGCUGGAAUGAAGCCUAACAUUGCAGUAACCGUUGCUACCAUGUUACAGUAUGGUGCCAUAUUAUCGUACGCAAAACAUUUUAUAUGCUUGAUCAUUCCGAGAUUUUCUUAGCUAUGUUAUACAUAACGAUGCCCUGCUGCUGAACAUGUUGCAUUUAUCCUGGUGUUGCCAGGCAUUGUUAUUAAUCAGACAAUUGUGAGUGGUAGGAUUCUAUGGUAGGAUGGUUUGCAUGUGUUUUAACAUGUCUUAAACGACUGGGACAAAAGUCUGGAAACGUGUACUAUUACAUGCACUAAUAAGAUGUGAACGUCUUUGAUAUUUUGAUAUUUAUUCCUAACAGUACAGUGAAGAUGUAACGAAACAUGCCAUAUUUGUGCUUAUCAAUAGCAAGUUACUCUGGCAUUUGUAAUGUUGUGUCCAUACUUCAGCAAAGGGCUAUAAUUUCGUUUUGAACAAUUGAGGGCUGUCAGCAAAAAAAUUAAAAGCUCUCAGUACACCGCUGCAUGUAGUUUGUGUUGAGUAGCUAUUUUGCCUAUUUGUCAAAAGCCCCUCAGAAGCACUGUUAAGAGAGUGCCAUUAUACGAUGGUAUAUUUAUUGCUGUGGUAAAAGCAAAGAACAGUCCAUGGCCCUUACAAAAUCUUCACUGAAAAGAAAUAGUUUGCAGUAGGCCAAAUGCAAAUAUUUCUUGACAAAGUUUGCCAUCAGACUUGCCAUACAUGUAGUUUUGCUCAUUUAAUGCCGUAGUGGUCCAUGCUUAUAGAUUAUUAAGACUAUGAUUUAUGGAACCUUUUAUAGAACAUGAUAUUUAUGCAUAAGAUGUGUACUGAGUUUAUAAACUUUCUUUCCUGUGAAGCAUCCAGUGUAUAUCUAUAACAACAUUUACACACAGUAUUAGCAGAUAUACUGUAUAGUUUGUUAUAAGUGUUCAAAGUGAAACCUACACUCUCGGUUUGAAAAGAGCUGAAGCGUUGUUUGACUUUUGUAUUUUACAUUUAGACCAUUUUUGUUUUGUACUGAUAAAAGUCAUCAAUACUUGCCUAACACAAACCAGUGUUUUUGGAGAGCAGAAAGAAAAGAAAGCUUGUAAAAGACAUAUAUUAAACUCUUCAUAUUUUAAAGCCUACCUUCUAACUGUUCCAGAGACUGAUGAUGCACUAAAUGUAUGAAAACAGCAACAUUGUAACCAGUGUUAUUUACCAUAAUGUACAUUUAUCUGUUCUUGUAAUAAGGCUCUUUCCAACUCAGGACAUUGCUGUACCAUAUGGGAUGUUGUAUUUUUGUACCCAGAGCUGUGAUUAUUGCUUAAUAGAUACAAAAUGUACAUAUAUCAUCGUCUCUGGUUUAACUAGCUAGGAGAAAAUCCAAGAGGUUUACUCAAACAAAACUCCAACUCAAGGCAUUUGGGAAGUUUCAGCCAACAUUUCGUUGUAUCCUAUAGUCUACCAGGAGCCUAGGUGUGAUUGAAAAAAAAAAUGUCUUUGAUCAGCAC